UAAAGCUGAAAUGGAUGUGAUACAAGACUCUACUACCCCUCACACAGCAGAGGUUUUAUUUGAUCAUUCAGAAGAGAUUGAUAGUGAGGUUCUUGUAGAUUUUCAUGACGAGGUGGAUGUAAGUGGCGGGAUGAGUAAUGAGAUACAUUCAAUUGAUACUGAUGCUCUUUUUGAGGACAUAAAUAGUGCUGCCUCGGGUGAUGAUGAUGAUCUUAUCAAAGUUGCGUCAGUAUAUGGUGUGGAGAAUUUGUCCCUGGGUACAUUCGACUCUGCAAGAACGAGCAUCACAGCUGAAACUCAUGGGAUGAGUAAUGAGACACAUACAAUUGAUCCUGCUGCUCUUUUUGAGGACGUAAAAAGUGCUGCCUCGGGUGAUGAUGGUGUGGAGAAUUUGUCACUGGGUACAUUCAACUCUGCAAGAACGAGCAUUGCAGCUGAAACUCAUGGGGUGAAUCCUUCCUCUACCAUUGGUGAAGCUUUAAGUGAAAGGGAGAAGAUGCGUAUCAAGAAAAUACAAAAGAUACGAGCAAAAUAUCUGUGCCUUCUAGAGAGAUUGGGCCAUUCCCCUGAGGAUUCUGUAGCUUCGAAGGUUUUAUACCAGCUGACACUUGCUGCUGGAAGUUUGCAUCUUGAUUCCUGCAAGAAUGCAGCCAUGGAGGUUGAAGCACAAACAAAGGACAGUCCGGAUUUCCCGUUGACUGUCUUGAUUAUAGGAAAGACUGGAGUUGGCAAGAGUGCUACUGUGAAUUCCAUUAUUGGAGAAAACACUUCUGCAGUUGAUGCAUUUAAGCCUGCAACGGCUCGUGUGAGAGAAAUUGCUGGCUUGGUCAACGGAGUGAAGCUAAAGAUCUUCGACACCCCUGGUCUUAGUACUUGUUUGACAGACCAAUCCAGCAACAGGAAGAUUUUGUCAUCCAUCAAGAAAGUGAUGAGGAAAUGUCCACCUGAUGUUGUCCUAUACGUGGACCGCCUGGACACCCGAAUAGGCGGCCUUGAUGAUUUGCCUCUUCUGAGGCUGGUCACUUCAUCUCUUGGUUCAUCAACAUGGAGAAAAUCCAUUGUUGCUUUCACACAUGGAGCUGCAACGCCUCCAGAUGGGACUGAUGGAUGUCCUAUAAGCUAUGAGGCGUUCUUAUCUGAGCAGUCGCAGGUCGUUCAACGCCUCAUUUGUCAUUCAGCUGGGGAGCCAGAGCCACUGGUGAUGACUCCAGUUUGUGUUAUUGAAAAUGCAGAAAAGAAUGGAGAUGGAGAAAAAGUGUUGCACAGUGGGUGGAGAUCUCAGCUGCUGCUGUUGUGUUGCUCAAUGAAGAUUCUAUCAGAAGUGGGGGCUCGAAGCCCUCUUGGAUUACUGAGCCGUUCGCCUCCUCAAUCUCCCGACUUGUCUUCAUUCUUGAAAUCCAAUGUUCAUCCAGGACUAUCUAGUGGUCAAAGUGGUGACAUUGUUGGAUCAGAUGCUGAGCUGUGUGAUCCAUCUGGAUCCAACCAAGACGUAGACGUUGAGCAUUACAAUCCAUUCCCGUUCAAGCCACUCGACUCCUCACCGACUACUACUGAGCUCAGCCGAGACCAAAGGGAGGCUUAUGGGGAUGGAGAAGGUCAAGACUCAAUGGCCUGCCUUUUCACAAGGCCGGUUCUCACCCCCUAUGGAUGGGACCACGGGUGCAGCUACGAAUGUCUGCUCGUUGAAGACAGAAGAAUCAAGACUGCCAAUGCAAUGAUCUCAGCUUUACUCACAGAAGACAGAAAAGAACUCAAAAUCCAGCUGCAUUCAUCAGUUGGGAAACGAGCAACAGUGGUGGGAAACACCGGCAUCAUUCAAUCUCAAGACGAUGCAGCAUAUGGUGCAAGCUUGUUUUUCAAUCAAGACGAAGGCACUGUCGGGAUAUCGGCAAUGAGAUGGGGAGAUGAACUUAUCUAUGGCUGCAACCUGCAUUCUUGCAUCCGUAUCAGCAUGGAAUCCAAGCUAGACAUCACAGCUGCUCUGAACAGCAGGCUGAGGGGCAAGAUUUGUAUGAAGAUGAGUUGCUCGAAUCAGCUUCAGAUCGCGGCUCUGGCUUUAUUGAAAAACAAGCUUGCACCAAUUGCCAGAGCUGCGGUCAAGAAGCUUUUUCGACAGAUUGAUGGAUGAUGUGAAGGUAGUUGAGAGUAGAGAAUGAACUUAUGUAUAUAGUGAAAAGAGUAAUGAAGCAGCUUAUAUUUGUGAAUUAGUAAAGACUUGAACUUGCUUCUUUUUUUCUUUUAUAAAUGAAAAAAAGAUUUAGCCAUUGAUAUA